UCAGGGCCCCACAACUAUCAACAUUUUGGAGUGCGCAUUGUGCACCAAUGCUUCAAGGAGAGCUCAACCUGUAUUUAUACCUCAACAUAUUAAUCUAGAUGAUUUUAAUGAUUUGUAUGCUGACGUUGAGGACAUUGGCAUUGGUGGAUCACGCCAGCAUGAAAGGGAUAGCAGCUUACAAGAUAUUGAGCUUGAACGCUUAAGAAAAGCUGGUAGUCAAAGCAAUUCAGCAAUUACAGGAGUAAACAGUACUGGCACAGAAGUUCCAGAUCUGUUAGAUUUUGAUGGCAAUUCAUCAAUAGAAAAUAUAAGUAGAGAUAUUUUGGAAUUUUCGGGACAACUUGGAAGUGUUGGGCAGCCAAGGUCAAGUUCCAUAGGACCGCAGAGACCAUCCAUUUCUAUGUCAGAAAGUUUUCAUCCUUUUGACGAUAAUAUUGAAAUUCCGGACUUUCAAAUAUUUGGAGAAUUGGAUGAAGAUAGUUCAAUGAGUGGUUCAUCUACUAAAGGAAAACAUCGGGAUUCGGAUUCAAGAUCCGCUGUAAAUAAUGAACAGGAGCAAUUAAAUUUUAUGGAAUUUAUAAAAGAUUUGAUGCAAAAAGCUGAAGUAUCAAGCGCUAUAUUUCAAGAUCUUAUGGUGGCUCAGCAUGUUAAACGAGCCGAAACAGCCAAAGCCUUUUAUAAUAUUUUGGGCCUCGCAACAAAGAAUUUAAUUAAAGUAAAACAAGUUCAACCAUAUGGUGAAAUUGUAAUUGAACUUAAAGAAUAA